AUGGGAGUCAUUUUAAAGCUUCAGCUCUCGUUAUCGGGCCAUCCACUAGAACGGACAACCUCAUUAAACUGCCUAGGCCGACCAGUGUUCGGUUUAGGGAGACCGGUGAAAGUGGUACAUCUAUGUUACCGAGACCACCGCUCGGAGCUGCCGCUCUGGGCCACGACAUCCCACUGGCAGCAGCAGCAGCAGCUCUUCACUCACCUCCGUAUCAAGACACUAACAAUGCACUCAUGGGGGAGUGAAUUCCCCCUUACCCGCACGCUCUCCUCCUCGUCCCCUCUCUUCCCCAAUCUUCCCCAACCUUCCCCAACCUUCUCCAACCUUCUCCAACCUUCCCCAACCUUCCCCAACCUUCCUCAACCUUCCCCAAUGUUCUCCAACCUUCUCCAACCUUCCCCAACCUUCCCCAAGCUUCCCCAAGCUUCCCCAACCUUCCCCAAGCUUCCCCAACCUUCGCCAACCUUCCCAAACCUUCCCCAACCUUCUCCAACCUUCCCCAACCUUCCCCAACCUUCCCCAACCUUCACCAACCUGCCCCAACCUUUCCCCAACCUUCCCCAACCUUCCCCAACCUUCCCCAACCUUCCUCAACCUACCCCACCUUCCCCAACCUUCCCAAACCUUCCCCAACCUUCUCCAACCUUCCCCAACCUUCCCCAACCUUCCCCAACCUUCUCCAACCUUCCCCAACCUUCCCCACCUUCCUCAACCUACCCCAACCUACCCCAACCUUCCCCAACCUUCUCCAACCUUCCCCAACCUUCCCCAACCUUCCCCAACCUUCACCAACCUUCCCCAACCUUCUCCAACCUUCCCCAACCUUCCUCAACCUUCUCCAACCUUCCCCAACCUUCCCCAACCUUCCCCAACCUUCCCCAACCUUCCCCAACCUUCUCCAACCUUCCCCAACCUUCCCCAACCUUCACCAACCUUCCCCAACCUUCUCCAACCUUCCCCAACCUUCCCCAACCUUCACCAACCUUCCCCAACCUACCCCAACCUUCCCGAACCUUCUCCAACCUUCCCCAACCUUCUCCAACCUUCCCCAACCUUCUCCAACCUUCUCCAACCUUCCCUAACCUUCCCCAACCUUCCCCAACCUUCCCCAGCCUUCCCCAGCCUUCCCCAACCUUUCCCAACCUUCCCCAACCUUCCCCAGCCUUCCCCAACCUUCCACAGCCUUCCCCAACCUUCCCCAACCUUCCCCAACCUUCUCCAACCUUCCCCAACCCCCCCUUCCCCGAACCUUCCCCAACUUCCCAACCUUUCUCCAGCUUUCCCCAACCUUCUCCAACCUUCCCCAACCUCCCUAACCUUCCCCAGCCUUCCCCAACCUUCCCCAACCUUCCCCAACCUUCCCCAACCUUCCCCAGCCUUCCCCAACCUUCCCCAACCUUCUCCAACCUUUCCCAACCUUCCCCAACCUUCCCCAACCUUCCCCAACCUUCCCAGCCUUCCCCAACCUUCUCCAACCUUCCCCAACCUUCCCCAACCUUCCCCCAACCUUCCCCCAACCUUCCCCAACCUUCCCCAACCUUCCCCAACCUUCCCCAGCCUUCCCCAACCUUCUCCAACCUUCCCCAACCUUCCCCAACCUUCCCCCAACCUUCCCCCAACCUUCCCCAACCUUCCCCAACCUCGUUACGUCCCCCCAUUAGACUGUAUACCAGUUCGCAACAUUCUCUUGGACUCGGCGGCCUACGGGUGUCGAAAUUCAGAGCUGUUGUUGAUUAA